CAUCCCUGCUCAUCCCCCUUCCUCUGUGUCUCCCCUCCCCACCCAUCUGUCCCUCCAGUCUCACUCCCAGCACAAGGGACUAUGGCUGCUGAGGAGAUACCGCAGACUGUAGAGGAUUACAAGGCUGAGAUUGAGAGGCUGACCAAGGAGCUGAGUGAGACCACCCAGGAGAAGAUCCAGGCUGCAGAAUAUGGGUUGGUGGUGCUGGAAGAGAAGCUCUCCUUGAAGCAGCAGUAUGAUGAACUGGAGGCAGAGUAUGACACUCUGAAACAGGAGCUGGAACAACUCAAGGAGGCCUUCGGACAAUCCUUCACCGUCCACCGCAAAGUUGCUGAAGAUGGAGAGACCCGAGAGGAGACCUUGUUACAGGAGUCAGCGACCAAAGAGGAAUAUUACCUGGGCAGGAUACUGGAGAUGCAGAACGAUGUACGGCAGAGUAAAGUCUUUGUCGGCAACGUCCAAGGCGAAAACGAGCGGCUUACCGCCCUGGUCCAAGACUUGAAAGAGACAAAUGAAAUUCUGGAGCUGCAGCGGAUGCGGAUGAAGGAUGAGAUCCGGGAGUAUAAGUUCCGUGAGGCCAGGCUGCUCCAGGACUACACCGAGCUCGAGGAAGAGAACAUAACUUUGCAGAAACUGGUCUCCACGCUGAAACAAAACCAGGUUGAAUAUGAAGGCCUGAAACACGAGAUCAAGCGCUUUGAGGAGGAGACGGUGCUCCUAAACAGCCAGCUGGAGGAUGCUAUUCGAUUGAAAGAGAUAGCAGAACAUCAACUGGAGGAAGCCCUGGAUACACUGAAGAAUGAGCGAGAGCAGAAAAACAACCUGCGGAAAGAGCUAGCACAGUACAUCAACAUCAAUGACAGCAUGUACAACAACCACAUCAACAUUGCUGUGGAUGGGCUGAAGUUCUCAGAAGAUGGGGAGUCCAACAACGAGGAAAAGAUGAACGGACACAUCCAUACCCCUCUUGUCAAAAUAAAUGGGGAUUAUCGGACUCAGGCAGUUCGUAAGGGGGAGUCACUCCUUCCCGUCUCUGACCUCUUCAGCGAAUUGAAUAUAUCAGAGAUGCAAAAACUCAAACAGCAGCUUAUUCAGGUUGAGAGGGAAAAAGCGAUCCUGUUAACCAACCUACAAGAGUCUGAGACUCAACUGGAACUAACAAAGGGAGCCUUAACAGAGCAGCAUGAACGGGUCCAUAGGCUUACAGAACACGUGAAUGCCAUGAGGAGGCUCCACAGUGGUAAAGAGCUGGACUCUGAUAAAGCUGAAGUGUCUGGAGAGGAGACCCAUGACUAUGACAUUGACAUCAACGGCCUUGAGAUACUGGAAUGCAAAUACAAAGUGGCUGUUACGGAAGUGAUAGAUCUUAAAGCAGAACUUAAAGCCUUGAAGGAAAAAUACAAUAAACAUAUAGAGCGCUACACAGAGGAGAAGACAAAACUGGAUUCGAGGAUCCAGAUGUAUGAUGAAGAAGUUAUGGAUCUAGAGAAGGCCCGUAGGGAGAGUAGUGACAAAUUUAUUCUGUUAGAGAGGGAGCUUCAUAUAAUGACUGCUAUAGCAAAUGAAACCCACAACACCCUUAAUACAGCUCAGGAUGAGUUAGUGACUUUUAGUGAAGAAUUAGCCCAACUCUACCAUCAUGUAUGUCUAUGUAACAAUGAAACACCAAACAGAGUUAUGUUGGACUACUACAGGCAAAGUAAGGGUACCCGUAGUGGAAGCUUAAAGGGUCCCGAUGACCCCAGAGGACUUCUUUCUCCAAGGCUGGCCAGGCGGGGUAUAGCUUCACCAGUGGAGGCAAGAAGCCCUUGUGAGCCAGUCCCAAAAGAGAGCAUAGAUUCCAGUAGGGAGCCAACCCCUCAAAAGUCUGCUACCGUCUCCCCCAUCAUCACUGCCCCCCCAUCCUCCCCUGUAUCUGACUCUAGUGAUAUUCGAAAGGAGCCAAUGAACAUCUACAACCUCAAUGCCAUUAUCAGGGAUCAAAUUAAACACUUGCAAAAGGCCGUGGACAAGUCCUUGCAGCUGUCACGUCAGCGGGCCGCAGCCAGGGAAUUGGUACCAAUGAUCGAUAAAGACAAGGAAGGCUUAAUGGAGGAGAUCCUCAAGCUCAAGUCUUUGCUUAGCACCAAACGGGAACAAAUAGCAACGCUCAGAGCUGUGUUAAAAGCAAACAAACAGACUGCAGAAGUUGCUCUUGCAAACUUGAAAAAUAAGUAUGAAAAUGAAAAGUCCAGGGUGACGGAAACAAUGACAAAGCUGAGGAAUGAGCUGAAGGCCCUGAAAGAAGAUGCAGCCACCUUCUCUUCGCUCAGAGCCAUGUUUGCCACCAGGUGUGACGAGUAUGUGACACAACUGGACGAGAUGCAGAGGCAGCUAGCGGCCGCUGAGGAUGAGAAGAAGACCCUAAACUCUCUGUUACGGAUGGCAAUCCAGCAAAAGCUGGCCCUUACGCAGAGGCUGGAAGACCUGGAAUUUGACCACGAGGAUGCCUGGCGUUCCAAAGGCAAGGCAGGAAAAAGCAAGAUUGGCAGUCCCAAAUUUCUUGUAGAUUGUCAGCAGCCUGCUGCCUCACCGUCGCAAUGUUCACAACUAACCCAGCGGCUAGACUGUCCGACCGCCAGUCCUAACCUAGCACUCCGACAAGGGGAAGAACAUUCCAGAUCACAGUGUACCCCCCUCAAUUGUCUCUCCAAAAUUCCCCCGAAUCCAUAGACCUCAGCAGAGAUGCUGUAAUGGGACUUUACUUAGAAGACAUCGCUGGACAGGCGGUCAGUUCAGGAGGUGUCUGUGCCGCUGAAAAUGUGGACACUUAUCUUCUCAUUAUGCAGAGACCUGGUUUAUACCGAGAAAAGAGAAGCACAGAAAACUGGGAAUCUGAAAAUCGGGUUACGACAGGACAAUACUAUGGCAUCCUCAUGUGAAUGCUGGCCACAUAGGAAAAAUCCAAGAUGGCACCCUCUGUGUUAACAGUGUUAUAGGAUGCUGAACGCCAAUAUAUAGAGCUGCAUUAGUACUUACCUAACUUAUCUUAGGCCAUUCAUAAGAUUAUAUUGUGUUUUUAUUGUCAUUGAGAGCAUGCUAUUUAUUUUUUUAUAUAUAAUUUUGCACCUUUUUGCUGUGUCCUGAAUACUUAAUGAAAGACCUGUUCAUUGGGUGUCUCUGUAAGGCCAGGGUAUAG